AGGAGGCGGCGGCCAGGUGCGGCGGUGCGGCGACCCCGGGCCGUGGGGCCGCGCGCCCAGCAUGCCCACCGUGAAGCUGACCAUGCAGGCCUACUGCAAGAUGGUGCUGCACGGCGCCAAGUACCCGCACUGCGCCGUCAACGGGCUGCUGGUGGCCGAGCGGCAGAAGCCGCGGCGGGAGCAGCCGGCCGCGCCGCACACGCUCUUCGUGGACUGCAUCCCGCUCUUCCACGGCACGCUGGCCCUCGCGCCCAUGCUCGAGGUGGCCCUCACGCUGAUCGACUCCUGA